UUUUUGCAACUUCAUCGUAUCAUAGAAGGGGAGAGAAGAAAAAUCGGGGAUUGGGAAGAAGAUUAUCUGUGAAAUUAGGAUUUCAAGAUUAGUUUUGAGAAUUUUGUUAAGGGGAAGUGUAUUUAUUAUGUUAGCAGGAGCGUAUUUAUUAAGAGAAAAAAAGAUAUAUCCGUUGUAAUAUCUCGAGACGCAUAUUAACCACGACGAAUUAUUUGCCAAUCUCAAGACCAAUUUUAACUAUUUUUUUUUUUAAAUUAUAUUUCUUUUAACUUGAAUUAUUUGCCAAUCUCUAAUUAUUUUCAUUUGUUACAAUGAAGUUGAGGAACCAUGAUAAAAAAUAUAAAUAUAAAAAUUUCGAAAAAAUUAUGGUUUUCCAAAUAGAAUAGUUAUAUUAUUAAUAAACGAAUGUAAACAAAUAAGUAAUGCAAUCAUCUUUAAUUUUCUUUUAGUUUUAUAUUUACUUCUUUUGUUGCAUUACAUUUACAAUAUUUUUUCCUUGUUAAUCUUUUCUUCUAACUUUUUUCCCUGAGAUGGAUUUAUAUUUGCAUAUUCUGUAAUUUCAUCUUCACAUGUAUCAUUCAUGUGCUGUUAAAAUUCCAUGUUACCUCUUUUCUUAACAUCUUUUUCAUCAUUUUCUCUGUUUGUCUUCAAAAUUAAAUAUUUAAGUUAAAUAUAUAACUCUUUCUGUUUGAAUGAAUGUCUUAUAUCUCUUCACAGAAAACAAUACAAAAGAAGAAAAAUCAAUAUAAUUAUCGAUGAGUAGAAGACAAGAAGUAGCUAUCUUGAAGGUGCACACAAGUGGUGAUUUUUAAAAUUAAAGAAUUUCCUAAGUUAAAAAAGACUUUUGAUGAUUUUUUUUAGAUUUUUAUAAAAUUAGUUGAGGAGUUUUGUAGAUUUUAUUUCACAAAAGAAAAUUAUGUUGUUAUAUUUGUUGUUAUCCAAAAUCCUUAUGCUAUCGACAAACUUAUUAUAGAUAAACUUUAUGAAACUAUAUAUUUGUAUGUUUAUGUCAAUUUGAGCACUAUUUUUUUAAAAAAAUAUAUAUAAUUUUUUGUAUGUUUAUGUCAAUUUGAGCACUAUUUUUUUUUUUAAAUAUAUAUAAUUUUUUGUAUGUUUAUGUCAAUUUGAGCACUAUUGGUUUUAUAUCAUUGAACUUGUGAGUCUUUCAGAUGAAUCAUGAAAUAUUUGGUCUCAUUUGUUUCCUUUCUUUAUAAGUAAGUCUUGAACAUUGAACUGUGAAGUGUUUCGAUGUACCUCAAGCCUCAGCCUCAGCCUCAGAUUUAAAACCAAGUUUCACUCUCCAAGCACAUCACAAACCAGCCACCUGCGUCUCAUACAACAUUUCAGCGCCUAAGGUAAUAAGUAAACGAUUAGUAAUAUCCCUUAUUUAUCAGAUGGCAACCAAGGCUUACAUAAGAAUUUAAUGGUAUCAAAGUCAGUGUAAUAGUUUUAUGACAAACGCCAUCGCAGUAUGAGCCAUCCGGGCAUCUCUCUCCGCCACCAAUCCGCCUCCGUUCAGUAUCAUCGCCGCCGUCAUCCCUUCCGAUUUACUCGGCCACUCUCUCUGUCUUUUUACAGAUGAAGUGAAGACUAAACAAAUCUCCGUUGACUAUCCAAGUAUAAAUGAUUACAAGACACAACACAAAGUCAACAUUAUACAUGCACAUUAUCUUUCUUGUAAGUACCACAGUUGUAUUGAUUUUUUUCAGUUUAUGUCUCUUUGAACUGUCCUUAUGUAGAUAAUUCUGCGCAAAUAGCACAUAUCACCUACUCGUGAAGGAAAAUCAUGACAAGGACUUACUUGGUAUGUCAUGUACCACCAAUAGAACAGAAUAAGAAUCUUUUCUUUUUUUUGAUAAAAUUUAUUAGAAUCUUUUAUAUGCCCACUUUAUAAUAUGUCAUUCUGGAACCUGUGGCAACAGAAGAUACACGUGAAUAGUAUCGGUCACGCUGUGAUGGAAACAUUUAUAUGGCAACAAAUUAUUAUUUUCUCCAAAGAAUCUGGAAAAUUAAUUCUUGGCCACAUCAUGUGUUUCAGACAGCUUUCCAUCCAUCCUGCAAAGAAUAAUAGCCAAUGAUGAUGUGUGGUCCUAAGAGGGUGUGACGUAGUUCCAAGCUUAACAGUCAAACUCAAAUGCUGCAAGAAACUGACAAGAUAAACUGAUGCAACAAUGGUCAAGCUUCACUUUCCUCAACCUGAGCUCAAGUACCAUGAGACACAAGUAAGGGCCCUACUGUAUACAUGCUCUAACAGUAAGUAGAACUUAAGUAACAACAAGAGACAAAACAAAGUAAUGACAAGUAACCAGAACACAAGUAAUAUGACUGUACCGCCCAAAACCUUUCCUAUAAGUUCCCUUCUCUACUAAGUUUACCUCUACUUCCUUCCUCUCAGUCUUUUCAAUAUCUCUCAAGAAAGUAAAAAUGAGAUUGACCUCAUCCUUACGGUUCCACAGACAAAACAACAAGACUUUCCUCGGAAUCUUCAUGAUCUUGGUUCUUAGUUGUAUACCAGGUAGAACCAAUCUUUGUUCCAAUCAUUCAGAUACUCGUUCCUCAUUAGAUUCACUCGAUUUAGAGGGUUACAUAACCUUUGAUGAUGUCCACAAUGCGUCCAAGGACUUUGGCAACAGAUACCAGUUCCCACCUUUGGCAAUUCUCCAUCCCAAGUCAGUUUCUGAUAUCUCAACAGUGGUGAGACAUAUCUUACACCUGGGAUCCACCUCAAAUCUUACAGUAGCAGCCAGAGGCCAUGGUCACUCGCUUCAAGGACAAGCUCUAGCUCAUCAAGGGGUUGUCAUCAACAUGGAGUCGCUUCAAAAUCCUGAUAUCAAGAUUUAUAGAGAGAAACAACCGUAUGUAGAUGUCUCAGGUGGUGAACUAUGGAUCAACAUUCUAAAGGAGACUCUAAAACACGGUCUUUCGCCAAAGUCAUGGACAGACUACCUUCAUCUGACUGUUGGAGGUACUCUAUCUAACGCUGGAAUCAGUGGCCAAGCGUUUAAGCAUGGACCGCAAAUCAAUAAUGUCUACCAACUAGAGAUUGUCACAGGCAAAGGAGAAGUUGUGACCUGUUCUGAGAAGCUGAAUCCUGAACUUUUCCACAGUGUUCUUGGGGGGCUUGGACAGUUUGGCAUUAUCACACGGGCACGGAUCUCUCUUGGACCAGCACCACAUAUGGUUAAAUGGAUCAGGGUACUCUAUUCAAACUUCUCUACAUUUUCAAGUGACCAAGAACACUUAAUUUCUAAAAAGAAAGGUUUCGACUACGUGGAAGGUUUUGUGUCAAUAAAUAGAACAGAUCUUCUCAAUAACUGGAGGUCAUCAUUUAGUCCCAAUGACUCCACAGAGGCAAGCCAGUUUAAGUCUGAUGGUAAAACUCUGUAUUGUCUAGAAGCGGUGAAAUAUUUCAACAAGGAAGAAGCUAACUCUAUGAAUCAGGAAACUGAGAAGUUACUUUCAGAGUUGAGCUAUAUACCAUCUACUUUGUUCUCAUCUGUUGUGCCAUACAUAGAGUUUCUGGACCGUGUGCAUCUUGGGGAGAUAAAACUAAGAGCUAAGGGUUUAUGGGAGGUUCCACAUCCCUGGCUGAAUCUCCUGGUUCCCAAGAGCAGCAUAAUUGAAUUUGCUACAGAAGUUUUUAACAACAUUCUCACAAGCAACAACAAUGGACCUAUCCUUAUUUAUCCAGUUAAUCAAUCCAAAUGGAACAAGCAAACAUCUUUGAUCACUCCUAGUGAAGAUAUAUUCUAUCUUGUGGCCUUUCUCCCCUCUGCUGUGCAAAAUGAUCUGGAGCACCUUCUGAGACAAAACCAAAGAGUGCUUAACUUCUGUGCAGAGGCAAACAUGGAUGUGAAGCAGUAUUUGCCUCACUACGAGACUCAAAGAGAGUGGAGAUCACACUUUGGAAACAGAUGGGAAACAUUUGCAAAGAUGAAACAUGAGUAUGACCCUCUAGCGAUUCUAGCACCUGGUCACAGAAUUUUCCAAAACGCAACACAGUUAUAUCCUAUUCAACUUCAAUAAGCCAAGAGGGAAAACAUACAUACAUUCAAAGGUAUCAUAAAAAAAUAAGCAGCAAGAGAGUGAAAUUGAAUUUUUUUUUUUUUAAUUCUUCAACAAAUGAAAUAAACUGGGACACUGCUGUAUAGGAUCCAUGAAAGCCUACAAAAAAUGUUUCUAGUUUCCCAACAAGUAAAAGAUCACGUGUUUUGCUACAUUAUAGCAUGUUGUCUUGUCUAUGAUGUCCUGAAUGAAAUGUCUGGAUCCUAUGUCUUUAGUUCUAACCAAACAAUAGAAAAGCUAUUUGUAAUCUAUAUUA